AUCACGGUUCCCGGGAGCGGAGGAGCUAGAGCCAGAGCCCAAGGGAGCCUGAGCUGCUGGGGGCUGCAGACAUGGAGGGCCAGAAUGGCAGCAGCAGUGGGAAGCCAGGGACCCGAGCUGGCCUGGGCUCCUUGCUUAUGCCUCGUGGGGUUUCUCAAACUGGAACACCCUCCAAGGUCCAACUGAAGGAGAAAACAGCCCCAGGACCCUUGGAACCAAGGUUGGCUCUGGCACCUGUGGGGCCACGAACAGCAAUGUCACCUUCCUCAGAGGGGCUAAGGCUGGUUCUGGCAUCUCCCCAACCCAUCCUGUCUCCACUGUCCACCCCUGGAGGACACAGAAGAGCUCCUGCUCACCGUAGUUCCAGUCAAGCUCCAACAUGUGUGGGCCAGCUAGUGGUGUCUGCCUCAGCUGGAUCAAAGCCUUCCCCAGCAACCUCAGGCUCAGUCCUGGCUCCAGCAUCUCUGGGGCAGCUGGUGAUAUCUGCCUCAGCUGUCCCAAAGCCUUCCCCAGUUACCCUGGAGACCAGUGUGGCUCCAGCUUCCAGAGACAAGAAGCAAUUGUCACCCACCUCCAUGGCACCUAAGCCAGCAUUGGCAGCUUCAGGCCUAAGCCUGGCCCUAGCUCCUCAGGAGGAGCCCCACCAGCCCCCAGCCAGUCCUUCCCCAGUGCCUAGUCCAGCUCUGUCAUUCUCUCAGGAACAGACCCUCACUCCAGCAUCCACAGCCUCAGCUCCCACUUCUAUGGGGUGCACAGCAACUAGACAGAAGGAUGCCCCAGUCCCCAGAUCUCUCCCCACUUCUGAGGGGCAUCUCCAGCCUCCAGCUCAGGCAUCUAGUCCUACAACCCCCCCAUCCUUGAUCCAAACCUCCCCAGAUGCCCGGUUCUCCCUCACCUUCCGAGCUUGGCCUGAGGCUCCGCGAAACAUCCCUGAAGAUCCUGUCCUGCCCCAGCCACUCCCGACCCUGCCCUUGGAUGUAGGCCAGGGCCCUCCAGAGCCUGGCACCCGUUCCCCUGGACUUCUGUCCCCUACCUUCCGGCCAGGGGCUCUCUCAGGCCAGACGGUGCCCCCAGCUCUGCCCAAGCCACCUCGGUCUCCCAGUCGUUCCCCUAGCCGCUCCCCCAACCACUCUUCCUGUGUCCCUUCAGCCCCUGAGAUGGCCAUCCCCAAGCCUGACACCCAGAGUACAGUGCCUGGCACUCAGGGCAUAGUACCUGGCACCAAGAGCAUAGGGCCUGUUGCUCAGGGUACAAGGUCUGGCAACCAGGACGCGAUGCCUAGCAGGAGCCUGAGCCCCAGUCUUCAAGCCCAGGAAGCUUCAGCCCCAGUCACCACCUCUCCUACGUCCACCUCAUCAUCCACCUCUUGGUCAGCUCAGCCUACCUGCAAGAGUGACCCCGGAUUCCGGAUCACUGUGGUCACAUGGAACGUGGGCACUGCCAUGCCUCCAGACGAUGUCACAUCCCUCCUCCACCUGGGUGGUGGCGAUGACAGUGAUGGUGCAGACAUGAUCGCCAUAGGGUUGCAGGAAGUGAAUUCCAUGAUCAACAAGCGGCUCAAGGACGCUCUCUUCACGGACCAGUGGAGCGAGCUAUUCAUGGAAGCGCUGGGGCCCUUCAGUUUCGUGCUGGUGAGUACAGUGAGGAUGCAAGGUGUCAUCCUUCUGUUGUUCGCCAAGUACUACCACCUGCCCUUCCUGAGGGACGUGCAGACUGACUGCACUCGUACUGGCCUGGGUGGCUACUGGGGUAACAAGGGUGGCGUGAGUGUGCGCCUGUCUGCUUUCGGGCACAUGCUCUGUUUCUUGAACUGCCACUUGCCUGCGCAUAUGGACAAAGCGGAGCAGCGCAAGGACAAUUUUCAAACUAUCCUUAGCCUCCAGCAAUUCCAGGGACCUGGCGCACAAGGAAUCCUGGAUCAUGACCUCGUGUUCUGGUUUGGGGACCUGAACUUCCGAAUCGAGAGUUAUGACCUGCACUUUGUCAAGUUUGCUAUUGACAGUGACCGGCUCCAUCAACUCUGGGAGAAGGACCAGCUCAACAUAGCCAAGAACACUUGGCCCAUCUUGAAAGGCUUCCAAGAGGGGCCCCUUAACUUCGCCCCUACCUUCAAGUUUGAUGUGGGUACCAACAAAUAUGAUACCAGCGCCAAGAAGCGGAAGCCAGCCUGGACAGAUCGUAUUCUGUGGAAGGUCAAGGCUCCAGGUGGAGGUCCUAGCCCCUCAGGACGGGAGAGCCACCGGCUCCAGGUGACCCAACACAGCUACCGCAGCCACAUGGAAUACACAGUCAGUGACCACAAGCCUGUGGCUGCUCAGUUUGUUUUGCGGUUUGCCUUCAGGGACGACGUGCCACUGGUACGGCUGGAGGUGGCAGAUGAGUGGGUACGACCAGAGCAGGCUGUGGUGAGGUACCGCAUGGAAACAGUGUUUGCCCGAAGUUCCUGGGACUGGAUCGGCUUGUACCGGGUGGGUUUUCGCCACUGCAAGGAUUAUGUGGCCUAUGUAUGGGCCAAACAUGAAGAUGUGGACGGGACUAUCUUCCAGGUGACAUUCAGUGAGGAAUCACUACCCAAGGGCCAUGGAGACUUCAUCCUGGGCUAUUACAGUCACAACCACAGCAUCCUCAUCGGUGUCACUGAACCCUUUCAGUAUUCCCCCAGAUCUCGCUGCCUACCUCGAAGUCAGCCAGCAGCAGCAGCAGCACAGACAGCUCGGGGACCUCCUCGGAGGGUGAGGAUGACAGCACUCUGGAGCUUCUCGCACCCAAGUCCCGCAGCCCCAGUCCUGGCAAGUCCAAGCGACAUCGUAGCCGCAGCCCAGGACUGGCCCGUUUCCCCAGUUUUGCCCUGCGGCCCUCAUCCCGUGAACGUCGUGGUGCCAGCCGUAGCCCCUCACCCCAAAGCCGCCAGUUACCCCGUGCAGCCCCCGAUAGGAGCAAUGGCAGGAGCAAUGGCAACAGCAGCCGAGGCAGCAGUGAAGAAGGGCCCUCUGCGCUGCCUGGCCCCUGGGCCUUCCCAUCAACUGUGCCUCGAAGCCUAGGCGUGCUGCCUGCCUUGCGCCUAGAGACUGUAGAUCCUGGUGGUGGCGGGCCCUGGGGACCUGGUCAGGAGGCCCCUGACCCUGACAGCCUGUCUCCUAGCCCCCAGGGCAGGCAGGGGCUGGAGGAAGGGGGUCUGGGACCCUGAGGGCCAGGUAGGUAGAUGGGCCCAAAAUGGCCCCACACCGCCUCAAUCUUUCAUAAACCCAUCUGCCUCUUUCCUGCUGCCACUCCAACUGUAUCUGUACCCACCUCUGUCCUAGCCAGGGGUGGCCAACUGGCACCUCAACUGUGACAAUCAGCAAAGCCCCGCCUGGGCCCCCAUCUGGGAUGGUGGGGGAAAUAUGACAGAUUUCCCAAUCCCGGAGGUCACCCAUCAGGAAUUAAAUUCUCCAGCUUCA